AGAAGAAUGAAAUUAUUUCCUUUCUUAUAAAUCAUUCUGAAUUGUUUCUGAGGCCUUCGCGUUUCGUUUAGUUUGAGCUCAGCGGCCACCGUUCAAACAAGAUGGUGCUGGAGAAGAAAACCUCCGCGCGGGUGGAGGCGGGUCAGCGGAGGGUUCUGGAUGAGGCGACCCGCCAGAGGAGGCUGACCCGGCAGCUGGAGGCUCUGGAGAAAGACAACUUCCAGGACGACCCCCUGUCCUCCCUGCCCCCCCCAGGUCCAACAGCCCGUCUGCCAGCCUUCAGCGAGACAGAAGAACCAGAGAAGAAGCGGAGGAAGACGAGGGGGGACCACUUCAAGCAGCGCUUCAGGAAGAACUUCUCUGCUCUCCUUGAGGAGGAGAACCUGUCGGAGCGUCCAGAACCAAACUACCUGUCUGCGGCAGCCCCGCCCUCCUCUCUGCCCCCCCGUCACUUCUGCUGCGUCUGCGGCUUCCCGUCUCACUACACCUGCUCCACCUGCGGGGGGCGCUACUGCAGCAGCAGGUGUCUGAUCACCCACAGAGAGACCAGGUGUCUGAAGUGGACCCUCUGAGGACGCGUCGGACCGCGGAUCAGAACCGGCUCUGGUUCUGUUGCCAUCCUGUUGGACUCGCUGCUGAUGAUCCUCCUUAAAGGACCGGUUCUGGUUCUGCUGCCAUCCUGUUGGACUCGCUGCUGAUGAUCCUCCCUAAAGGACCGGAUCUGGUGUCCCUGAGGUUUGGACCCGUCCUCCUGGUCCCAGAGGGAGGAGUAUCCAGUUCUGGUUCCAUCUGCUCUAGAACCCUGAAGAUGUUCUGAAUCAAUGAGGUCCAGACUUCCCCUGUGUGUUUAUGCCCACAGCAGAACCAGAACCUCUGAACAGAACCCGAGGGG